AUGAUGAAGUGGCUACUUUUGGCUCUUUUCUGCAUUGCUGCUUACGCGUGGGCUGAUGGGUCCGAAGAUGCUAACAUCGACCAACUGAUGUCUCGCGUUUACCGAACUGUUCUUUUGAAGUCCAAGAGAAGCCCAUCAAUGGGUCUUUCUCUUGCCGAAUACAUGGCUUCACCACAAGGCGGUGAUAACUUCCAUUUCAUGCCGUCCGGCAGGAAGUAG